CGGAGCCCACAAGUCCCUGAUGUUCACCGGGAGUCAGGGAAUUGUAAUUACACGAUCCCUAUGCGGCCUGUUUAUAGGUUCAGAUUACUGAACCCCUACCAGAAGGAUUGCCGUCCACAUUCUAGAACGAAUCUGUACAUGGCAACCGCCAGCGCCGCGCCACGGCAUACAAACAAUUUACCAGACUAUUGUUCACCCUCGCGGUAUUAGUGGGUCGAUCAAUUCCUGUAUGAAUUCGGUAAGAUAACACCGCCAUGUUGGCUUUCCCACGUGGCGAACAUGUUCUCGACCAAUGCGAGCAGCGAGUAAGUACUUUGUUCGGUCCGUAUAAAGCAUCUAGUGGCUGCACACCCUCACAGGUUCAUUCCAGCGCGCAUCCAAAUUUACGUUCGUUUAAACUUAAUAUCUUGGACCUUCAAGAUGCCUGUUUUCUCUCGGUUAGCCGUUGCUGUUCAGCUCUUUGCUGUAAUCCUGUCGCCAGUUCUUGGUGCCGCCGCUAAGCCCCAGUAUGAUUAUGUCAUUGUCGGAGGCGGUGUCACUGGAUUAAUUGUUGCCAACCGCAUCACUGAGGACAAGAGCAAGACUGUCCUUGUCGUUGAAGCGGGUGAUAAUGUUGAUACCGAUGCAACCAAGAUCCCAUACAAAGCCAAUGACUUGACCUCUGCGGCUGGUUUAAUCUGGGAGAACAUCAACUCGCUGCCUGAACCAGCCAUCGGUAACACAUCGUACCAGGUCAUUGUUGCCAAGGUCCUCGGUGGUGGGUCUGUCAUCAACGGCAUGGUCUACGACCGCGGCUCGGCUGCCGACUACGAUGCGUGGGAGGCUCUCGGGAACAAGGGGUGGGGAUGGAAGGGAAUGGAAGAGGCCUUCAUCAAGGGUACCACUUUCCAACCUCCCACUCCCGAUGUUGUCAAGGACUUCAACAUCACCUGGGAUGAGUCGACUUACGGUAACGGACCGUUGACCGUCUCGAUCACAUCCAACCAAUAUGAAGAUAUCAAGGACUAUUGGGCGGCGUGGAAAGCCACUGGUAUCUACAUUCCCGAGGAUGGAAACGCCGGCGAAGCCUACGGUCCUUCUUGGUACGCCAACACCAUGGAUGCGACCACCGGACGCCGCGCACAUGCUCGCUACGCGUACUACGACCCCAUCCAGACUCGUGCCAACCUCCACAUCCUCACAGGCACUACCGCCGACAAGAUCAUCUUUGAUAGCAAGAAGAAGCCACUGAUGGCUACUGGUGUUGAGGUUACCGACAAGACCGGAAAGACUUCCACCUUUUACGCUAAGAAAGAGGUCGUCCUGGCUGCGGGCGCUAUCCAGACACCUAAGCUCCUCCAGCUCAGUGGUAUUGGCCCCAAGUCGGUCCUGAAGGCUGCCGGCAUCGAGGUCAAGGUUGAGCUCGAUGCUGUAGGCUCCAACUUCCAGGACCACCCCUACGCUACCGUUGUCUUCAACACCACUUCCAACCACUUCCCCAACCAGAACUCGCUGAUGACCAACGCGACAUUCAACGCUUCCGCUUGGGAGCAGUACGUUGAGCACAAGACUGGUCCUUACACCUAUGCCCGUGGUAACGCUCUAGCUUUUAUCUCCCUGCCCGACAUGACCAAGGACUUCAAGUCUCUGAUCAGCAGCCUGAACAGCCAGACCGCCACCGACUACCUCCCCAGCAUCUACAAGAACAGCAAGAAGCUCGCCAAGGGCUUUGCUAAGCAGCGCGCAGUCAUUGCUGACAUCUUCGGCCGCAAGGACGCCGCCGUGGCCGAGUUUCCCGUUCCCGCAGACGGCUCAUACGGUCUGGUUGGUGUUGAGAAGCCUUUGUCGCGUGGUACUGUCUACAUUGACGCCAAGAACCCCAACGGUCCUCCUAACGUCGUCUACAACGCCUUUGUCAACCCCAUCGACCGCAUGGUCAUGGCUGUUGGCAUGCGAUUCUUCCGCACCGUGUGGGCCCGUCCCGAGCUUGCCAGCCACAAGAUCUCCGAGACCGUCCCUGGUGCUCAAUACACCUCAGACAAGGAGAUUUACGAUGCUCUACUCGCGCAAUCGAUGUUGUCGCCUACCCUUGCUCAUCCAUCUGGUUCUUGCCCUAUGAUGCCUGAGAGGGACGGUGGCUGUGUCAGUGACAAGUUGAUGGUUUACGGCACUCAGCAUCUGUCUAUUGUUGACGCUUCCAUUAUCCCUAUCAUCCCGUCUUGCCACCUCCAGGCUACCAUGUACGGCAUUGGUGAGAAGGCUGCUGAGAUCAUCAAGUCCAGGUAGAGUGUCGUGAUCGAUUCAACUUCAUUCUUGUAUAUACUUAGUUCCUUUAAUGUAUCUAGCGACCACAUAAGCUAUGAGCGCAUGUGAAAGUUGCAUUGUUCAAAAUUGCUUGAAGACUACAUUCCUCCGUCCACCGUCUCUUGAUGCUGUCAGAUUGGGUGACUACCUCUAGGCUAUGCUGAGCACUGAACGUCUACUAAUUGGAUGAUUUCUUU